CGAGUUUUUUUUCAAGUUCAAAGAGCUUGCUAUAUAGAAUGCGUUGAUGGUUUGCGUUGAACCAUGAACGCAUUUUAUAUAGUCUCCCAGGGAUGCCUUGCGACAACAAUUGUGAGAAAUUAAUGAUAAGCAUACGCAUGAGCUUUAAGUCUAAUGAGAAACGUACGCGUUAUCCGCAGGUUGUAUACUCUGCCAGCAGUUUCCAAUAAGCUCUUCUUAUUGUUGACCCAAGCUAUCGGAGCGUGUGUUGGCGCCGUGUACGCAACGAUACUGAUUAAAGUAAAUGAACAGCGAUACUGGUGGUCGGAAAUUAAUGAGGCGAGGAAAGAGGUGAUCUUCCACAGUGAACAGGCCAUGUACUACCGAUACUUCAAAGAUGUCACAGACACCUCGUUGCCCAUCUCACAAGUGUUCUACAAUUUCCUGAAUGACGCGACCGUUGAGAGUCCUAACGUCAUCAACGCACUAAAGAGAUUCAAUGUUUGGCCAGAGUUCCUGCUGGGCGUUUCGUUCCGCUAUUUCUCGACAUCAGAGCCGAUCGACUAUUACGUUCAUACCGUUCUUGCGUGGUCAUUCUUCCUUAUGGCGGGCAUUUACGUGACGGCUACGUUGAUCACACGCAAUCUCAUUUGUGGUUUGGUGGCUGUGGCUGCUGUAAUGGGCAAUUUCUUGGACUCCACCCGGGUGUGGGGGAGUGUGCCACUACGAGAGUCUUGGUCCAUCCCACUGAUCUUCUCGCAGAUUGCCGUUGUGACGUAUGUCCUGCAUAUGUCAAGCAGUGGGCAAAUGACGGCCAGUGAGAGUCGCAUGAAGAGGUUUGCACCUUUUGUCUUGCUCUACGUAUUGACCACAUCGCUCGUGUUGUCAUGGCAACUGGCUGCGUCCAUCAUGGCCCUGCAAGUAGCGGCGCUGUUCUUGACCCAUCUCCUGGGCUACAUCAAUACACAACUGCUCAAACACCUGAUCGUGUGUCACUUGAUGAGCGUUAGCAGUGUGGUUGUGUUUAUGUUUGGCAACGAGAUGCUAAUCACUUCACCAUACACCAUCACGUGUAUCGGUGCGCUGGUGGCGGUGAUGGGCUGUGACUGUUUGUUGGGCUCGGCCGAUGCGCUGCAGUUUCCGUAUCGUCUUACGCGGUCGUUCGUGGUAGGAAUGUGCUCCAUCGCAAUUGCCAUAGCAACGAAGGUCGCAUUGCAUACACUGCCCUUCCUUCCCGCUGGAGAUGAUGCGCACAUGUACAAUCUCAUCCAAGCCAAAGUGGGCGAUUUCGAAGAUUUCCACACAAACCUUUAUCUGCACUCAGAAGCCUUCCAGAUGCUACAGUGGCAUACGAUCAUGCGACUGACAUAUACGGGUAUCUUGCCAAUGGCUGUCACGGGUGUGCUGCUGGUGAGUGGCUAUAUCCUACGCGAUAUCUGCACUGGACGCCACAGCAAAGUGAUGUACACAGAACUCGAAUUGUACGAUCCCACCCUCUACUACGACCGAGCCACGGCUCGGGAGAAAGCAAAAUCUCAUGGAAAAGUAAGGUAA